CUCGCUUUUGCGGAGGGAAGGCGAGGAGGCUGGGCGGCCCGGUCCAACUUGAGGCAGUGCGAAGGCCCCCUCAGGCGGCGCCGAGGGCAGCCCCUAAGCCGGGGCCUGGCUCAGCCGCCGCGGCCGCUGUCAGGGAAGCGCAGGCGGCCAAUGGAACCCGGGAGCGGCCGCUGCUGCUGAGGCGGCGGUGUCGGCAGCCCGACCCCGACCGCCCGCACCCCCUCCGUUGGGGGGGGUCCCCAGGAGCUUGGAAGCUCGAAGUCUGGCUGUGGCCAUGGGAGACAUGGUGGUGGAACCUGCCCCCCUGAAGCCAACUUCUGAGCCCACUCCUAGCCCGCCAGGGAAUAAUGGGGGUUCCUUGCUAGGCGUCAUCACAGAGGGGGUCGGGGAACUAUCAGUGAUUGACCCUGAGGUGGCCCAGAAGGCCUGCCAGGAGGUGCUGGAGCAAGUCAAGCUUUUGCAUGGAGGCGUGGCCAUAUCUAACACAGGUACCCCACUGGAGUUGGUCAAUGGGGAUGUUUUGGACAAUGCGAUCCGUUGCCUGGACGAUCCACCUGCCCAGAUAAGGGAGGAGGAAGAUGAAAUGGGGGCCACUGUGGCCUCAAGCACAGCCAAGGGAGCAAGGAGGCGGCGGCAGAACAACUCUGCCAAACAGUCCUGGCUGCUGAGGCUAUUUGAGUCAAAACUAUUUGAUAUCUCUAUGGCUAUUUCAUACCUGUACAACUCCAAGGAGCCUGGAGUACAAGCCUACAUUGGCAACCGGCUCUUCUGCUUUCGCAAUGAGGAUGUGGAUUUCUAUCUGCCCCAGUUGCUUAACAUGUACAUCCACAUGGAUGAGGACGUGGGUGACGCCAUCAAGCCCUACAUAGUCCAUCGCUGCCGCCAGAGCAUUAACUUUUCCCUCCAGUGUGCCCUGUUGCUUGGGGCCUACUCUUCAGACAUGCACAUUUCCACUCAGCGACACUCCCGCGGGACCAAGCUCCGGAAGCUGAUCCUCUCAGAUGAGCUGAAGCCAGCUCACCGGAAGAGGGAGCUGCCCUCCUUGAGCCCAGCCCCUGACAUGGGGUUGUCUCCCUCUAAGAGGACUCACCAGCGCUCUAAAUCCGAUGCCACUGCCAGCAUAAGUCUCAGCAGCAACCUGAAACGAACAGCCAGCAACCCUAAAGUGGAAAAUGAGGAUGAGGAGCUCUCUUCCAGCACCGAGAGUAUUGAUAAUUCAUUCAGUUCCCCCGUCAGACUGGCUCCUGAGCGAGAAUUCAUCAAGUCUCUGAUGGCGAUUGGCAAGCGGCUGGCCACGCUCCCCACCAAGGAGCAGAAAACACAGCGGCUGAUCUCAGAGCUCUCCCUACUCAACCAUAAGCUCCCUGCCCGAGUCUGGCUGCCCACUGCCGGCUUUGACCACCACGUGGUCCGUGUGCCCCACACCCAGGCUGUUGUCCUCAACUCCAAGGACAAGGCUCCCUACCUGAUCUAUGUGGAAGUCCUUGAAUGUGAAAACUUUGACACCACCACCGUCCCUGCCCGGAUACCCGAGAACCGAAUUCGGAGCACACGGUCGGUGGAGAACCUGCCCGAAUGUGGUAUCACUCAUGAGCAGCGGGCAGGCAGCUUCAGCACUGUGCCCAACUAUGACAACGAUGACGAGGCCUGGUCGGUGGAUGACAUCGGCGAGUUGCAGGUGGAGCUCCCUGAAGUGCACACCAACAGCUGUGACAACAUUUCCCAGUUCUCUGUGGACAGCAUCACCAGCCAGGAGAGCAAGGAGCCUGUGUUCAUAGCAGCAGGGGACAUCCGACGGAGGCUCUCGGAGCAGCUGGCUCACACCCCCACAGCCUUCAGACGAGACCCGGAAGACCCUUCUGCUGUUGCUCUCAAAGAGCCCUGGCAGGAGAAAGUAAGGAGAAUCAGAGAGGGCUCCCCCUAUGGCCACCUCCCCAAUUGGCGGCUCCUGUCAGUCAUCGUCAAGUGUGGAGAUGAUCUUCGCCAGGAGCUCCUGGCCUUCCAGGUGUUGAAGCAACUGCAGUCCAUUUGGGAACAGGAGCGAGUGCCCCUGUGGAUCAAGCCAUACAAGAUCCUUGUGAUUUCUGCUGACAGUGGCAUGAUUGAACCCGUGGUCAACGCUGUGUCCAUUCACCAGGUGAAGAAGCAGUCCCAGCUCUCCUUGCUCGAUUACUUCCUGCAGGAGCACGGCAGUUACACCACUGAGGCAUUCCUCAGUGCACAGCGCAAUUUUGUACAAAGUUGUGCUGGCUAUUGCUUGGUCUGCUACCUACUGCAAGUGAAGGACAGACACAAUGGAAACAUCCUUUUGGAUGCAGAAGGCCACAUCAUCCACAUCGACUUUGGCUUCAUCCUGUCCAGCUCACCCCGAAACCUGGGCUUUGAGACGUCAGCCUUUAAGCUGACCACAGAGUUUGUGGACGUGAGUCAGGAAGGAGAGGUGAUGGGGGGCCUGGAUGGCGACAUGUUCAACUACUACAAGAUGUUGAUGCUGCAGGGGCUGAUCGCUGCUCGGAAGCACAUGGAUAAAGUGGUGCAGAUCGUGGAGAUCAUGCAGCAGGGUUCUCAGCUUCCUUGUUUUCAUGGCUCCAGCACCAUCCGCAACCUCAAAGAGCGGUUCCACAUGAGCAUGACUGAGGAGCAGCUCCAGCUGCUGGUGGAGCAGAUGGUGGAUGGCAGCAUGCGCUCCAUCACCACCAAACUCUAUGACGGCUUCCAGUACCUCACCAACGGCAUCAUGUGACACCCUCCUCCUCAGGCCCAGGAGUGGUGGGGGAUUCAGGGUACCCUCCCUGGGAGGGCCCUUGUCUGAGAAACCCCAAACCAGGAAACCCCACCCAUGGGCAAUGGAAGGCAAGAAAUACAGAGGAUCAUGUGGUAACUGUAAAGCUUGCGGGGGGGGGGGGGGGGGG